AUGGCCCCAACUUGGACGCGACUUAUCCGGUUCAUUGCCGAGGAAGACGGACAGGCGCAUAUUGGCCAAGUCGAUGCGCGCCAAUUCCCAGAUGUCGGACUGUCUGUUGUCAAAGGGGAGCGAAUUGCGGUUCGAUUGAUCCAGGGGUCCAUCUUCGACGGAGUUGUUACUGAGAAGCAAUUGCACGUUGCCCGGCUUCUAGCCCCAAUUGAAAUGCAAGACGUCCCAAUCAUUCGAUGCAUGGGCCUCAACUAUCGCGACCACGCGCGAGAAGCCAACAUGCCCAUCCCCGACGUGCCGGUGCUGUUUGUCAAGCCGCGAACAGCAAUUAAUGGCCCAUACCCAGCAAAGAUCAACGUGCCCAAGAUCGCGCAGGAUGGCUCGAGCGACUACGAGGCGGAGCUGUCAGUUAUCCUGUCCAAGACAGGCCGUGACAUCCCCGAGUCCGAAGCCAUGAACUACGUGUUGGGCUAUACGUGCAGCAACGACGUGAGCGCGCGCACGCAGCAGUUUAAAAAUAGCCAAUGGAGCUUUUCGAAGGGACUCGAUGGCUCGUGUCCGCUGGGCCCAGUGCUGGUGGCUCCCUCAGAAGUCGAUCCGCAUCAGUUGGAUAUCAAGGCCAUUCACAACGGGGCAGUUGUUCAGGAUUCAAACACACGAGAAAUGAUCUUCGACAUCCCCAAGACGAUCGCGUUUCUGUCGCAGGGGACAACGCUGGAGAAGGGGACCGUCAUUAUGACCGGGACUGGGCCAGGAAUUGGGGCAAUGCGCAGCCCAAAGGUGGUUUUGCAGGACGGCGACGACAUGAGGGUUGAGAUUAAGGGCAUUGGCACGCUGUGCAACCAAGUGUACUACGAGUAG